AUGUGUUCUCGUUUGAUAUUUCGAUCAAUUCGACAUCCUGUACCAUUAUUAAUUUAUAAUCGUUUUCUAUCUUUAACACAAGUUCACUCAACUGCUGCAACAAAAUUAAAAGAAACACCUAGUACAAAUCUUGAAACACUAUCAACAAAAACGAAUAUAGAAAAAGCAGAUGAAACAAAAAAAUCAUCAUCAUCAUCAUCAGAUAAAACAGUAAAUUCUUCAGCUACAAAUGUUUCUGAUCUAACUAAAGUGUAUUCGGAAAAACUUCAUCGAAUUGUUGAUGAAAUAAGUACAUUGUCGUUGGUUGAAGUUAUGGAUUUGAAUGAAUUAUUGAAAAAAACGCUCAAGAUACAAGACGUGCCGAUUGUGGCAUCGGGAGGAGGCAGUGCUAUACUAUCACCAGCUGCAUCGAAAAAGGAAGAAGAAGACGAAGACAUAAGUGCACGACCUACAUCUCAAUCUGUAUUUAAAGUACGUUUAAUUAAAUUUGAUGAUACAAAGAAAGUACCGGUUAUCAAACAAGUAAAAGAUGUUGUUGAAAACAUUAAUCUUGUUCAAGCAAAAAAAUUGGUUGAAUCAAUUCCUCAAGUUCUACGAGAUAAUCUAAGUAAAGCAGAUGCUGAAACCAUGAAAGCUAAAAUUGAAGCAGCUGGCGGUGUAUGUGUCAUUGAAUAA